UACUUUACUGGCUCAUAUUCAUUGAAACUAAUAAUACUCUAAUCACCUGUUAGAGAACAAGAGAUGCUGCUUUAACCAUGGCCAAGGCUGCUCUCUCCUUCUGGUCUAUUUAAAUUAGAAGUCCAGCUGUCUGAUAUGUAUAGCUGAUUCAACCAACACCAUAUUUUCUUUUGCCAUGUCUAGCGUAGCAAUAAACAUCCCGGGAGAUCACAUGGCAAAUGCAAUGAUAGAUAGUCAGUUAUAUGAGUGUGUGACGCAAGACAAUAUUGAUCAGGAAUUUAAAAGCCGUGUCGAUCAACAUUUAACAGAGAAGCCAGUGACACCCUGCGGGAAUACACUACUUCACGUAGCUGUAAGCUAUGGAAGUGACAAUAUUACAUCUUAUCUGGUUAAAGAGUUUCCUUCUCUAAUCACCAUGGCAAACAGCCAGAACGACACAGUCCUUCAUCUUGCUGCCAGAGAAGGAAAGGCCAGUCAUACAAUUAAAUCUCUUGUGGAAUCGAAUCCUAGCUUGAUGAGGAAGACAAAUACAAAGGGAAACACUCCUUUGCAUGAUGCAGUGAUCACCGAUAACAAAGAAUUUGCCGAACUCCUAGUUUCCAGAGAUCCAGAAGUGGCCUAUUACAACAACAAUAAUGGCAAGUCUCCUUUAUAUCUGGCUGUUGAGAAUGGCAAUAAGAACGGGAUACUUGAUGAUCUCUUGAAAUUGGGAGCUUCAAUUCCUAAAAAUAGAAAAGACGGUGAUUCCCCACCAGAAGGAAAGUCCCCUGUUCAUGCUGCCAUCAAGCAACGUAACAGAGAUAUUUUGGAGAAAAUUGAAAAGGAAAGGCCAGAGCUAUUACGUCUCGCCGUGGAAGAGUUGGGAAAUUCACUGCAUUAUGCAUCAUCCAUAGGUUUUCCGGAAGGAGUUCGAUUCCUAUUAACGAAGUUUCACGAUGGUGCUUAUGAAAAAAACCUUGAAGGCGACUAUCCUAUCCAUCUAGCAUGCAAAAGUCGCUCUGCUGAUGCAGUGAAGGAAUUUCUUGCUAAAUUCCCAUAUCCAAAAGAAUUCCUCAAUAAGAAAGGGCAGAACAUUCUUCAUGUAGCGGCCAAAUAUGGAAAUGGCAGUGUGGUUAGGUACAUACUCAAACAGGACCAGAAGCUCGUCGCACCGCUGCUAAAUGCGAUAGAUGAGGAUGGAAACACACCUUUGCAUUUGGCAGCAAGUUAUGGCCGUUGCAUGGCUACAUUUCUUCUUGUGCGUGACAAUCGCGUUAAAAGUUUCAUUGUUAACAAUGAAAAUUGGACACCAUAUGAGUUGGCUGAAGAACUUUCCCAAAGAACUGAAGAGAUAUACAUAAAAACAGAUGAAAUGCGUGCCAAGGAACGAAAGGAGUUUGAUUCAAAGAACAGUACCCCUGCGCACGAGAUCAAGGGCAAAGAAGUUGAUUCAAAUAAGAUGGAUACAAAAGAGGCAUCACAAAAGGACGCAAUAAUGGGAAAAGAAGUUGAUACAAAUAAGAUGGAUAAAAAAGAGCCACCACCAAAGGACGAAAUAGUGGUUGGGUAUUUUCACUUGUUGAUAACAUUAUCGAUCUUAUUCAUCAAAGCAAGCCCUAAGAAAUCCCUCAAGGAGCUUUUCCCUGUUACUCGACUACCUAUGUCACGAGCAAGAGAGGAAACAAAGACCAUGAUAGGGAAUCUUCUAGUGGUAGCAGUGCUUGUUGCCGGCGUAACCUUUGCGGGUGUUAUACAAUUGCCACAAUUAAGGGAUGACAAGAACUCAAGUGAUCAUCGUCGUCAUGAGAAUCUUAACAGCACUACUUAUACUGCCUCCCAUUACAGCAGUUAUGAGAGUCUUCUGCAUCAUUAUUUGUUUUUCGAUGUGGGGGCUUUAUCUAUCUCUCUGAUGGCAGCUCUAUUCCUUCUUUUGCCAAGCGUUAAUCAUCCCAAAUUUCAAAUCUCUGCAGUUGGGUUUUCAAUUAUCAUGGUUUGUUUGGCUAUUUUCAUGAUGUUCGGGGCAUUCCUUUUUUCUGUGAAAAUAGCAUUAAUAGGAUACCAUGGCUGGUUGUUAACAAUCUUCAUUACAGGGGUGGCCGUUGUUUUUCCUUCGAUUAUUCUGCUAUUUGUCACCCAAGCUCUUCUAAAAGUGCCCUUGCAUUAUAUCUACUACGGCCUUUUUUUACUGCUUAUCUACAUUAGGGGCUGGUGGCAGCCUAAUAAACUCUCUGAUCUCAAGAGAAAGAACAAUCUUUAGUAAGGUCAGAGGUCGGGAUAUUGGGAUCGAUAACAUCUUGGAUUGUGUCUGUCUAGCGAUUGUGCAAGGUAAUAAUUUGAACUUGUAAUAAUUAACUCUUGAGUUUCCAAUUGAAUGUAUGCGCACUUUUU